AUGUCCUCAGUUAAUGUUCUUGGCAUAGGAAGUGGUACAGGAGAAAUGGACCUUCAGAUGCUCUGUAAAAUACAGGAAAAGCACCCGGGAGUACACAUUAACAUUGACAUUGUUGAGCCAAGUGCAGAUCAUAUUGCACUGUUUAAAGAUCAUGUCAAGAAGUCACAAAACCUUGAAAAUGUAACCUUUAAUUGGCAUCAGAUGACAUCUUUGGAAUUUGAAAAGCAGAUAAAAGAAAAACACGAGGAAAAAACGUGGGAUUUCAUUCACAUGAUUGAGGUACUUUAUUACAUUAAUAAUUUUGAAGAGACUAUACAGUUUUUUCAUCAGCAUCUGGAAGAAAAUGGGAAAAUGCUUAUUAUCCUUAUCUCAGGCAACUCUGGAUGGGCUUAUUUACGUAAAAAAUAUGAAACAAGCUUACCAAUAAACAAUGACAUCAUGAAGGCCCUCACAACUCAUCAGGUCAAAGACGUACUUGAAAAAAUUGGUCUGAAAUGUCAACACUAUGAUCUUCCAUCAGUUACAGACAUAACUAAAUGUUUUACCAGUGGUAGUCAGCAGGGGGAGCUGCUGUUGGAUUUUGUUACACACGCUUCUAACUUCAGCAAAACUGCACCUCCUGACUAUAAAGCAGAAAUCAUGCAGUUUCUGCAGCAGCCUGAAUGCAGUACAAUUAAGGAUAACCAAAUUCUGUUUAACUCCGACUUGGGUGCAAUAAUUGUAGAACCAUAAUUUCAAACCUACAAUGUUCAUAAAUCAUAAUGAUGAAUCUAUUAUCAAAAUGAAUAAUACGGUAGCAAUACUAUUUUUCAGUAAGUGUUUAUAUAGAUAGAUGUAUGUUUAAAGAUAAAUCUCACUCUCUCUC